AUGGUCCAGCUGAACACUCUCCUUCUCGCCACCAUUGGCCUCGCCAUUCCCGCGGUAGCGCAGAAGAACUACUGUGCAUCUAAGGACGGCACUCCUUGGGCCAGAUCAUCGACUGGAUUCAGGUUCACGUCGACCAGUUCGUCAACUUGGCAGUGGUCAUCUGUCGAUUACAACACCGAUCUCGUGGUCUACCAGGAUUGCAACGUUGUGCAGCAUCGACCUGGUAGCCAGCGAGCCCUUCGACAAUUCUGUAUCGCUACAUCCAACAACUAUCAGUGUUGGGAGGCUCCCGGUCUCAAUGACCCAUCUGGAUCCUGCUACCUGCCCGACUGCUCUAACAUCAACAACAUGUGGGCCUGGUUUGAUGGUUGA